CUGCGGAUAACACGGCGGAGUAUCGAGCCAUGGCUGGCCGCGGGCUGGGAGUGCUGGGAGUGGCGGCCGCCCUGCUCGGGAUCCUGCAGCUCUGCCCGGCCGCCGCGGGCAAGGAGUGCGACAAGCCCUGUGUGUACGGAGAGUGCCAGCCGGGGAGCGACAAGUGUGUGUGCGACCCGGGCUGGACCGGAGACCAGUGCCAGCACUGCGGGGGGCGCUUCCUGUUAACAGGACCCUCUGGAUUCGUAACUGAUGGACCGGGAAACUAUAAAUAUAAAACAAAAUGUACCUGGCUCAUUGAAGGACGCCCCAAUACAGUUUUGCGUCUUCGAUUCAAUCACUUUGCGACAGAGUGCAGCUGGGACCACCUCUAUGUUUAUGAUGGCGAUUCAGUCUACGCCCCUCUGGUUGCGGCCUUCAGUGGACUGAUUGUUCCAGAGAGAGAAAGCAAUGAGUCCGUUCCAGAGGUCGCGGCUACGUCCGGAUACGCAUUGCUUCAUUUUUUCAGUGACGCUGCCUAUAACCUCACUGGCUUUAAUAUAAGUUACAAUAUUGAUGUGUGUCCCAAUAACUGCUCCGGGCGAGGACAGUGUGUGCACGGUAACGGUAACGGCAGCGGUGUAUACUGUGAGUGUGCUCAGAAUUGGAGGGGAGAGGCCUGUGAUAUACCAUACUGCAUGGACAGCUGCGGAUUACCUGACCGCGGAUUCUGCAAUUACAACGGCUCAAAGAGAUGUGUCUGCAGUGCUGGUUGGCAAGGACCUAGCUGUUCAGUACCUGUACCGGCAAAUGAGUCGUUCUGGACACGGGAAGAGUACCCCGACCCAAAACUUUCCAGAGCCUCCCACAAAGCAGUGGUGGUCAAUAAUGUGAUGUGGGUUGUGGGAGGCUACAUGUUCAACCAUUCCAACUACAAGAUGGUCGCAGCGUAUGACCUGGCCUCCCAGGAAUGGCUUUCCCUAAACAGUUCAGUUAAUUCUGUGGUUGUACGUUACGGACAUUCGCUUGCUUUUUACAAGGAUAAAUUGUACAUGUAUGGUGGCAAGAUUGACGCAACUGGCAAUGUUACCAACCAGCUGUGGGUAUUCCAUAUUCAGAACCAGUCAUGGACUCAGAUCCAGCUGAAUGCCAAGGACCAGUAUGCAGUAGUGGGCCAUUCUGCCCACAUUGUUACUGUGAAAAACAGAGCGGUCAUGCUGGUAUUUUUUGGACAUUGUCCUCUCUAUGGGUAUAUCAGCAACAUUCAGCAAUAUGACCUAGAAUCCAACGAAUGGGUAAUUGUCAGCACACAGGGAGCUCUUGUGCAAGGUGGAUACGGGCACAGCAGUGUUUACGAUGAGAAGACCAGGUCUAUAUACAUUCAUGGAGGCUACAAGGCUUUCACUGCCAAUAAAUUCCGUCUUGCAGAUGAUUUGUACGCUUACGAUGUGGAUACCUCUACGUGGAGCAUCCGUAAAGACAGCCGUUUUUUCCGCUAUUUGCACACCGCGGUUAUUAUCAGCGGUUCUAUGUUAGUCUUUGGAGGCAACACCCACAAUGACACAUCUAUGAGCCAUGGUGCAAAAUGCUUCUCUUCGGACUUCAUGGCUUACGAUAUUGCAUGUGACUAUUGGUCCGUUCUCGACCGUCCAGCGUUACAUCAAGAUGUCAACCGCUUUGGGCACUCUGCAGUUCUGGAUAAUGGCACCAUGUACGUUUUUGGAGGGUUUAACAGUCUUCUGCUCAGCGAUGUCUUGAUGUAUACACCCAAAAGCUGUGAAUCGUUCAGCAGUAAUCGCUCCUGUUUGGAAGCAGGACCUGGCCUACGUUGUGUUUGGAACAGCAGCUUGACAAAGUGCGUUCCUUGGGAGAUGGCUACUCCUGAGCAGGAACAAUGGAGUCUGUUUCACUGUCCCAAUAAAACAUAUGCAGAUAAUGAGAAAUGCGAUCAAUAUACGGAUUGCAUUAGCUGCACUUUAAAUACAAAUGGCUGCGGGUGGUGUAAUGAUCUUUGCAUUUCUGCAACAAACAACUGCACCGGAAGCCAGGGUUUUGUCAUGUCAUCUGAUAACUGCCCCAAAAAUAACCCUGGGUAUUCCUGCAAUAAGAAAACCAGCUGCAAGAGCUGCUCAAUGGACCAGAACUGCCAGUGGGAGCCCAGGAACCAGGAGUGCAUUGGACUACCAGAAAAUAUCUGUGGAGUAGGUUGGUAUUUGGUUGGCAGCUCCUGCUUAAAAAUAACUAGCGCCAAGGAUAACUAUGACAAUGCAAAGCUGGCGUGUCGCAGCCACAAUGCAGCUCUGGCGUCACUCACCUCUCAGAGUAAGGUAGACUUUGUGGUCAAGGAGCUCCAGAACAUGCAGCCAAAGACUGACCUUACACCCUGGGUUGGACUCCGAAAGAUUAACAUAUCUUAUUGGUGCUGGGAGGACAUGUCUCCGUUUACCAACACGACCCUUCAGUGGCAAGCAGGGGAGCCCAGUGACGGUGGAUUUUGUGUGUAUUUGGCUGAGCCAUCUACGGUGGGGCUCAAAGUAGCCUCCUGCAUUCAUCAAAUCAAUGGGAGUGUGUGUGAAAGGCCUGCCAAUCACAGUGCUAAGCAGUGCCGCACCCCAUGUGCCUCCAGGAGUCAAUGCGGUGAAUGUACCAGCGCCAGCUCGGAAUGCAUGUGGUGCAGCAACAUGAAGCAGUGCGUGGACUCCAGCGCUUAUGUGGCUUCCUAUCCAUUUGGACAGUGCAUGGAGUGGUAUACCACGAGUACCUGCCCUCCUGAGAACUGCUCUGGAUACCGGACCUGUGGACAAUGCCUGGAGCAGCCUGAAUGCGGUUGGUGCACAGAUCCCAGUAACACAGGCAAAGGGCAAUGCAUGGAGGGAGCAAACCGGGGCCCAAUAAAAGUGCCAAGCAGCACCCUGGCUAAGAAUAACUACCUGGAACCUGUGUUAAACGUCAGCAUGUGCCCGGCCGAUAACAACUACACUUGGUCUUUUAUCAACUGUCCAGCGUGUCAGUGUAACGGUCACAGUAAAUGUGUCAAUGAAAGCAUAUGUGAGAAGUGUGAAAACCUGACAACUGGCAAAAACUGUGACACCUGUAUCUCCGGCUAUUAUGGAGAUCCAACGAACGGAGGAACAUGUCAACCCUGUAAAUGUAACGACCAUGCAUCGAUGUGCAAUGCAAACAGUGGGAAGUGCUUCUGUACCACCAAGGGGAUUAAAGGCGAGGAAUGCCAGCUUUGUGAAGUGGAAAAUCGAUAUCAAGGCAACCCGUUGAAAGGAACUUGUUACUAUACUCUGCUGAUAGACUACCAGUUCACGUUUAGCCUGUCCCAAGAAGAUGACCGCUACUACACUGCCAUUAACUUUGUAGCUACACCUGAAGAACAUAACAGAGAUUUGGAUAUGUUCAUCAACGCGUCGAAAAAUUUCAACCUCAACAUCACCUGGUCAACCAGCUUUCAAGCUGGGACUCAAGCCGGGGAAGAGAUUCCCAUCAUCUCAAAGACGAAUAUAAAGGAAUACAAGGACAGCUUCUCUAAUGAGAAAUUUGAUUUUCACAACAAUCCGAACAUCACUUUCUUUGUUUACGUCAGUAACUUCACCUGGCCAAUAAAAAUACAGAUUGCGUUUUCUCAACACAGCAACUUUAUGGACUUGGUACAGUUCUUUGUGACGUUUUUCAGUUGUUUCCUCUCCCUGCUGCUUGUGGCUGCUGUGGUCUGGAAAAUUAAACAAAGUUGCUGGGCUUCAAGAAGGAGAGAACAACUGAUCCGAGAGAUGCAGCAAAUGGCGAGCAGACCUUUUGCCUCUGUCAACGUUGCCUUGGAAACAGAUGAGGAGCCCCCUGAUCUCAUUGGUGGGAGUAUAAAGAGUGUUCCAAAACCCAUUGCGUUGGAGCCGUGUUGUGGUAACAAAGCAGCAGUACUAUCUAUAUUUGUACGACUACCUCGUGGUUUAGGUGGUAUCCCCCCACCCGGGCAAUCUGGUCUAGCUGUGGCCAGUGCUCUGGUGGACAUUUCACAACAAAUGCCUUUAGCGUACAAAGAGAAAUCCGGAGCCAUCCGAAACAGGAAACACCAGCCCCCAGCACAGCCCGGAACUUGCAUUUGAUGUUGGAUUUCUGAACUCUAGGGAUUUGAAUAUUACUGUGUUGGAGUAAUAACGUCCGUUUAUGUGGGACGAAGAGACUCUGUGGAUUAUGAUGAAUACCUUCCAAGUUUUCUCAUCUGACCACCUUCUGUGUGCGCAUGGAUCUAAUUGAGAUCACGUGAAAAUCCCUUCUACGGAGAUUCAUUUCAGAUGACUUUUUUUUUGUUAAUUUCUCAUAUAAAAUUUUCAUCUCAAGGAGAUAUGGUAAGAAUCUAACUUAUUUUAUGUAAAGGAACUGUAUGGCGCCUCAACCCAAGCUCAUGUUAAGGGUUAAUGAAUUAUGGACUGCUGCUCUUCCAUUCUUUAACGUCAGGACACGCUUUGUGUGUCCUCAGACUUUGAAUAGACUGAGAUUCCAACUUGAAUCCCUGACACUGUAAAAAAAUUCAAAAAAGUCUGACAUUAUUUAUCUAUUUGAACUGAAAAUGCUCCACAUUAUGCUGACAUUAUCCGGGAACCGGUGAAUGACCUACGUUUCCCACCAAAACCGUUUUGUAAAAAUAUGACGUCCGAGAACUUACACUGUGGUUAACAGCAGAACUUCAUAAUGCUCUGAUGAUCUUCCUUUACAUUGGGGUUUCUGUUGGGCUGAGGAGCUACGCUGAUUGUCAGCCGCAUCUUCAGUAUUUAUGCUUUUGCAGAAAAUACAAGUCUCUUUCAAAUCGAACUGAAGAGCCUAUCCAGGACAAGUAUUCACUAGUUGAGUAAGAGACAUUCAAGCUUCAUGUCCACUAGGCUAAGUGUUUAACAAUGCCACCAUACUGGAGGGAGACAUCAAAUGCUGUUAUCAUUAAGGGGACAUUACUAGCUUUCAUAAUGAAAUGUAAAUUAA